GCUAACCGUGUUUGUGUUGACGCGCGGCGCGUAGAUACGGCACUGCAAAGUCUGACAAAAUAUAUUAAUUUGCCUAACAUAACCUAGGCAGCUAAUAUCCACCGCCAUGGCACCAUAAACGGAUGGAAAUAGACACGGUUUCAUGCUCGGUAGGUGAACGGAGUCAAUCAACUUUUCGCCGUAGAGCCGAGACGCUGCGCCCCAAAACACAGACGGCUGUGUGGAGGCUGGAGAAGCUACAAUGAGCUCGGAGCACCAGAGCGACAGCGAGGACGCUGAAGGGUCGCAGGACAGGCCCAACAGCGGCAGCGCCUCCGACAGAGAGGAGGACCCUGACAUCGACGACUCGGACGUGGAAGAUGACAUCGCACCGAGGGUUUCUCCCUCACCGCCGGGGAGCAGCGGGAACAGGCCGGAGCGCUGCGGGAACAGGCCGGAGCGCAGCGCGAGGUCUCCGGCGUCGGAGGAGCGACAGCCCCGCUCCGAACCGGCCGCCGUGCCGCAGAUAGGGAGCGGCGAGGUCUCCAGCACCGACAUCCGCAGGGGGAAUAGCCUGUUUUCCUGGCUUCAAAGCAGGACUAUAAGACGAGGGGUGUUUGUGGACCCAGCUAGGGAAAACUUCAGGACAAUGACCAAUUUAUACUGCUCUAUGAAUCCGGCUGCGGAGUCUGUCAACCUGAGCACUCAGACCCAUGGAGCGGUGUUCAACCUGGAGUACAGCCCGGAUGGGUCUGUGCUGACUGUGGCCUGCGAGCAGACUGAGGUCCUGCUGUUUGAUCCCAUCUCAUCCAGACACAUCAAAACCCUGACGGAGGCUCACGAGGACUGCGUCAACAACAUAAGAUUUUUGGACAAUCGUUUGUUUGCCACCUGCUCUGACGACACCACAAUUGCACUAUGGGAUCUCCGUAAGCUGAAUUCAAAGGUAUGCUCGUUGCACGGCCACGCCAGCUGGGUGAAGAACAUCGAGUACGACACCAACACUCGUCUCCUCGUCACGUCUGGCUUCGACGGCAACGUCAUCACAUGGGACACAAACAGGUUUACAGAGGACGGCUGCCCGCACAAAAAGUUCUUCCACACCCGUUACCUAAUGAGGAUGCGUCUCACACCCGACUGUUCCAAGAUGCUCAUCUCCACUUCCUCAGGGUAUCUGCUCAUCCUUCACGACCUGGACCUCACCCAGUCCCUGGAGGUGGGCAGCUACCGCAUGCUGCGAGCGCGACGGACGCCCCUCAGCUCAGAUGGAGGCACGUCAGCGUCCAGGUCAGCUGGAACUCCUCGCCAGGGAAACGACUCCAGCAAGAUCCACCCUCCUAGAGAAGGUCUUUCUCCCAGGAACAGCCUGGAGGUUUUGACUCCAGAGAUCCCCGGAGAGAGGGACAGAGGGAACUGCAUCACCUCCCUGCAGCUCCAUCCCAAAGGCUGGGCCACGCUCAUCCGCUGCUCCAGCAACAUGGACGACCAGGAGUGGACGUGUGUGUAUGAGUUCCAAGAGGGCGCGCCCACCCGCCCGCUGGUCUCACCCCGCUGUUCCCUCCGCCUCACCCACUACAUCGAGGAGGCCAACGUUGGCCGGGGCUACAUCAAGGAGUUGUGUUUCAGCCCGGACGGACGGCUCAUCUGCUCCCCGUACGGCUACGGCGUCCGCCUGCUGGCCUUCGACGAGAACUGCGGCGAGCUGGUGGACUGCCUGCCCGUCCAGACCAGCUGCCUCAGGGAGAUCCGCUCCAUCUACUCGCACAGCGACGUGGUGCUCACCACCAAGUUCUCCCCGACACACUGCCAGCUGGCCUCGGGCUGCCUCAGCGGACGCGUCGCCCUUUACCAGCCCAAGUUUUAGCAACUGGUGCUGUCAAAGAACAAUGCAUUGCAGACCUGGGUAAAGAAGUGCUAAUCAGGGUUCCUGCACAGAUCUAGGAAUAUGAAAAAUAAGAAUAUCCCAGCUACUGUUUGUACAACUACAUAUUUUCAAUGAUUUUUUUUUAACUCCUAGCCUAUUAUAUCUACAUAGUAAUAUGGCCUACUUGGUAUCCUUUGGUAUAAAUGAUGUCAAAACCAUUGGAGGCAAAUUCAAUGUUUCAAAAACUCUGAAUCUUUAGGAACCCUGAAUAACAUUUCCAAGCAUUUGUUUUAAAGUGCUCAAAUGGACCAGGUGGGUGGGCUUUACUGCAUGCAGGUAUUUCAAAUAGUCGGACAUGCAGUAUAAAUGGAAUCUUGUGAUUUCUCUUUACCCUCUGCCAGACAAUCUGUAUGGAAAACUCCACCCAUCUGGUACCUAAAAGGGAUAAAUCUUAAAAACACAUUUAAAGUACUUCUAAACCCAGGUCUGCAGCUGUGAAGCAGACUGAGUUUGUUUGGGUGGGGACUGAAAAAAAAAAAAAAAAAAGAAGAAAAAAAAAGAAUAUUCAGAAGUCUUCAGCCUUGACCAGGCUGCAGUAGUGGAUUGUAACCUUAAGCCUCUCGAACCCUGAACUUGAAAAACAAAACAAAAAAAGACUCAAAGCAGACUCUCAUCCAGACUGAGGAGCGGCUUAAAAAUUCCAAACCUUGAAGCUCAAGAGAUGCAUCAGUGAAAAAAAAAACUGUGGCUCUUUUUCAUACUAAAAGAUGAAUUUUAGUCUCUAAAUCAGUAGAAAACGUUGACUCAUUUUGAGACUGCACAUCCAGAUGUUGCCGUCUCGGGACAAAAACACUAAGGAUGCAAACAAACAAGCAAACAAACGGACAGAUUUUAAUCCGACAAGAACCAGGCGCUUGCGUCUGUCGCCUGCGCUCUCGGCGAUCGUUUUGACUGGGCUUCCUCCGCUGCUCCGCUCUGCUCAUGCCUUCUUCACAGGUGCUGCUUCUCUGCUCAUACAAUCUGAACUUUGACCUCCGACUUCAAGGACCUCGUUAUUAACGCCUUCACCCGCCUGUUUCUCUUUGAUUUCCAGCUGCACCCUGUUUCCGCCUUCAUGGUCUUUAGUGGUUUAGGUUUUUAGUGGUUUUAUUGGUGUAUUAAUGUCGGCACUACUUGUUCACGGUGUUUGAUUGAUUGGUUCUAUGAGAUUCCCUUUUUGCCAGCCUUAAGCACUAGCUACUUUGGAAUCCCUUCUCAUUUCCCUUCACAGUACGUGUGUUUUUAUCUUAAGCCUGUGAAUGGAAACUCGAUGCUGUCUGGACAAUAGAAAAGUCCAGCCACUUUCUGUGCAAACCGCUGUUGCAAGAGUUUCACAUUUUACGGAGGAAAUACUAUUUACAAUUACAUAUUUCAUCCUUCAAAGAUACGGCUGGCAUUAUUCUGUAUUUUUUUUGCAUGGAGCACAGUAGUCUGUAUGUCAAGACUUCCGUACCUUGUCUGUGGAACUCAGCGUGAAGCCCAUUGGUUCUUAACUGAAGACGUAAAUAUUUAAGACCAGAUGAACAAGUACAUAGUUUAAUUUUACCAAAAGGCUCAGUAAUUUCCUGAAACAGCUUACCGCUGUAGUUUUAGCAAACAUUACUUAAACAGGAGCAAAUAGUGAAGUUGUUGAGGGCUACUUUAAGCUGUGGAGUAAUACACAAUUAGUUGAGUUUAAUUAGUUUGAGUGAGUAUUCACGGCAGCAGGAUGGUGUAUAUGGGAUUGAUACAAAAACUCCAGCGCCCUUGUUUAUUUAAAAAAUAAAAAAAGGAUGUCAGCCAGUGCAACUGAGCGGCUCACUGAUGUGUUUUUAGUGUUUGACAAACAAUGGAGCUCUAUAGCACAGUGGAAUGAAUGAGAAAUCAAUAUUUAGCCACACGGACAAUACUUGUUAUAGAAUCAAUUCAUAGCUGGUUUUGGUGUUUUCAUGGGAGUUAUUGAUACUAAGAACAAUAUAGAAUAUUGCCAGCCUCAUCCUUUAAUUUAACAGCUUGUUGACUUUUCAGCCAACAAUUUUUGGCAGAAGAAGUUGCCUCAGCAUCGUUCGUUUAAGCUUUCUAGGAUGAAAUUGUUGCCAAGAAACAUUGGACUUGUUUUUUGACCUUGUACCUCAUUUUUUUUUGAAGAAGAAGAAGAAGAAGAACGUGUUGAUCCACAACAGUGUUUGAUUUUCCUUCCCCCCAUUGCAUUACAUCCAGUUUCUCACUUUUACAAUGUUGUCAUGAAGGUGACCCAUAUUUUUCUUCUCGAAGGACCGAAUGGAUUGCUUAGACUGUUCUAGAAUUGGCAAUGCUUUUGUGUUUUCAACCGGUGUGGUAUAGCUGCUGUAGGAGCCAAGCACACAAGUGGAUGCCACUCCUUAAUGUAGACUGGUUACAGUGCAUACUGACUUGACUGCAGAAUAGAUAUUACGUGUAAAAAAAAAAAAGAAAUUAAAAAAAGACAGACAUUAGCGUAUACUACUAUGCAUACCAGCCUUUAUGAAGAUUUUCCUUUCUUAUUUAUGCCAGGGUGAUGCUCUCUGUGCAGCUGUCAGAUGCCAAAAUAAUGUUUUGCUUGGACAAGACAGUGCUUCUCCUCUGUAGAGUAACGUUAAUUGUGAGCUGAAAACGAAAGGGGAACAUCUGCUAUUAUGUAUUUAAAAAAUAAUCUUUACAUGUGGCAAAAGCCUAAUUUGCAAAAGAAUGGAUUGACAUGUUUGGAAAUACGCGUAUUCACUUUCCUGCAAAAAGUUAGAUGAGCGGAUUGAUACUUGUCUCAUUGUUGUCAGUUAAACAUGAAGCUACAGCUAGCAGCCGCUUAGCUUAGCACAAAGACUGCAAACAGUGCAAACUGCUGGCCAAGUUGCCCACCAGUACCUCUUAAGAACACUAAUUAACAUUAUAUUUAGUUUCUUUAAUGAGUAUAAAACAGAAGUGUAAAACCAAAAAAAUGUGCCGUUUUACGUGUGUUAUGGACCAGACUAUUUAUUGGCAUGGACCACAACUCUCUGGAGUCUGCGCUGGUUGCCUGGCAACCAAACAAAGAACUAGCUAGCUAGCUAGCUAGCUAGUCCGCGAACGGCGAUUUGUUGUUUUUACAUUUCUUUUUUUUUUGUACGGAUGAAACCAUAGACUGUAAAAAAAUAAUGAACAUGAACGAGACAUCAUGUUUUAAUAAGCGAGCUUUACAGGUGCUAGCAGUUGGGAUUUGUUGCCGUUAGGAGCUCGGCUAGCUGUUUCCCACUGUUUCAAAUUUGUGCUCAUUCUUCUCAUCUAGCUAGCUAGCUUACUCAGCGCCAGAAAUGGUAAGAACACGUUUGAAAACAAAAAUUACGUGACUGAGAAAUUAGAUUUGAGGUGGAAAUAUGUCUGAACACUAAUUUUGUAAUUCCCCACUCACAACUUGGUCCUGUUCGUAAUGAGGAAGAAUGCUUUUUGACACUUUGUACCUCAGUUAUUAAACUGCUCAAAAUGUUUAUUUCAGUAUAACAAAUGGAGAGGUCCAUUUCACUUCCAGUUCAGUCAAUUCAGGGACCCCUUGAACAAAUAAUUUCCCAAUUUACAGACGUUAAGUAAAAACUCUAGAAUGAUUUCAAUUUAAAUGUAUAUAUUAAAUUGACUGAGCUGAAUCUUAAAGGACCGGCCAUGCUGUAUAUUCAAUGGCUGCUUUUAUUUCACUUAUUCACAAGCUCUUCGGAGAGAAGUGUCUUAUCUGCCGGUUAUAGCAACUACAAACCGGGUUCAUUUUUAUGACUUUGCUCUUUUAUUGUUUUUCAGUCCUGUUCUGAGUUUUAACCUGUAUUCUGUUCUGGAUUAAUUAUUGAAUGUUCUCAGUAGUUCUGGUGUUACCUGUGCACUGUCACCUCAACUGGCCACAGCUGGAGAAAAGGGUGGACUAAAAACUUGUUAAAUUGCUCGCACUGUUGUUUCCUAAAUGGCUAUACACAGCAAGUAAUCCCAACAAGAUACUAAAAUGGUACUUAUUAUCACUGAAAUAAAAAGGUUAGCUUCUUUUGCACUGCUUA